GUCGUGGGAAAUUAAAAUAAUGACACAUGAGAGGUGUCGGCGAUCUGCAGGAUAAAAGACAAGGAGCAGCACAGGCGGCUCGACACACCAGCUGAUCCUCGAACAGGCCACACUCCCUCUUCAGCAUCAUCAUCAUCACCAUGAAGGUGCUCAGCGUGUCUCUGACGCUCGGCACCUUUCUGACCCUGAGCCGAGCCGUCCCGCUCAGCACCAACACCAGCCUCUCCGGCAGGCACUCGGGUCUCUGCGAUUACGCGAGGCAGGAGGGCAUCAACAUCAUGGGAGCGUUCAUCCCACAGUGCGACGCUCACGGGAACUUCCUCCCGCAGCAGUGCUCCGACUCCACCGGGAACUGCUGGUGCGUCAACGUCAUCACCGGAGAGGAGAUACCGAACACGAGGACGCCGCUGGGGGCCGUACCUGUUAACUGUGACCGGGAGUUCUACUGCCCGUACGGCUGGUCCCGCUUCGGAAAGCAGUGUUUCGUCUUCAUCGACAGUCUGAAGACGUGGGCUGAAGCCGAGGUGAGGACAGCUGCUCACACAUCCAUUCAUGAUGCAGUGAGUCAAACAUGGCGCUACUCUCUCCUCUCUGGUCACCUCCAGGGCUACUGUCUGUUUGAAGGGGCCAACCUGGCGUCAGUCCACAGCUACGAGGAGAAUCACUUCAUCCAGGCUCUGACCAGAGGAGAUGGCCACGACUUCCCCCUCACCUGGAUCGGCGGCCACGAUGCCGUACAUCUCUCUUUUUGGAUGUGGAGCGACGGCUCCAAGUUUCGUUACGAAUACUGGCACAGGGACUACAGCGUGGAGAGAUCUGAGCGCUGUCUGAAGAUGAAUUAUGGAUUUGACAGGAAGUGGUACUACGGCUCCUGCGAUGACUUUCUGCCUUUCGUUUGUGCCAAGAGGAUCUGAACUCGGACCUGACAUCCAAAAACCAGACUCGUCUGAUGAGGUCUGAGGCGACACGAGCCGGUCCAGCUGGAGUAACGUUUCCUCUCCAGAAUCAGCUGUGAUGGAUAAAUAUCAAACACACGAGCUUCUGCAGGUUCAUCUUGUUGGCACUGACGUGUCGACCCCCAGAUAUCAUUUUAAGAUCAGUAAAACUAUGGAUAAUGAAAUAAUAGUGAAAGUUCAUGUCACAACUUAAGACGUGAAUCAUGAAUGUCUACAUGCACAUGAAACAUGUAAUUGCAUUAAAAGCACAAAACAUGAAAGCAGAAAUACAAAUGAGUGCACGGAGCUGCUUUGGGAGAAAUGUUUUAAUUAUUUCCUCCUACAAAUCUGUAGCAU